CACUCCUCCGUCUUCACAUCUCACUCUCUCCCUCAAGCUGCAGAACUCUGAAUCACUCCCCCUUCUCCAACCCUAGUCGCUGCCGUCGUCCGUCCGUGUAGCCACUGCCCCCAAGUCUCUAGCCCCUGCUCUCUUCUUCCGCGAGCUCUCGGCCCAUCCGUCGUCUUCAUCUUCUCGCAGUCGUCUGCAUCUUCUCGCCGUCGUCUGGUCGGCGUCGUCCGUCAAUCAACGGUCUGUUGGCGUCGUCUUCAAGUGAAUAUGAAUCGACGUGGAGGAGGGGGGUUUGGUGGUGGUGGUGCUGGUGGUGGUAGGGAUCCGUUCUUUGAUUUUGGUGGUGACCCUUUUGGUGGUGGUUUUGGAGGAGGGUUUGGUCCCUUUGGACCUCCUGGAAGCUUAAUCUCGAGCUUCUUUGGGGGAAGGGACCCUUUUGAUGACCCUUUCUUCAGAAGUCCUUUUGGUGGAGGCAUGUUUGGUUCUAGCCCCUUUGGUGCUGCCCCUGCUGGAUUCCCUAGGUUCCCUUUCUCCCAGGAUAUGCAUCCAGCUGGGUUUCUUGACCAGCAUCAGGCUCAGGCUCAGGCUCAGGCUCCAGCUCCCGAGUCUAGCGCGCGAAGGGGGCCUAUCAUUGAGGAAUUGAAAUCUGAUGAUGAUGAUGAUGAUGAUGAUGAUGAGAGUGGGGAUGUGAAAGACGGAAACAAGGCAAAGAAAGAGAAUCCACGAAAGCAUGGCAGGUCGAGCAGUGAGCCCUUCAUUGAACAUCCAAACGGAGGAAUUGAAGGGAAGAAAAGCAGACACCUGCAGGCUAGGAAUGAGUACAACAAUGAAUUCAACAACAGAUUCAAUGUGGCUAGGGCUGAACCUCAAACUCACAGCUUCUGCUUCCAGAGCUCAACCGUACGCUAUGGUGGUGCUAAUGGAACAUACUAUACUUCGUCAACGACAAGGAGGACCGGCAGUGAUGGGGUGACAUUUGAAGAGGCCAAAGAGGCUGAUAGUUCUACAAGGGAAGCUUCUCACAGAGUUUCCAGAGGCAUUCAUGGCAAGGGACAUUCCCUUUCAAGAAAACUUAAUUCGGAUGGUAGAGUGGACAGCAUGCAGACCUUGCACAAUCUAAAUGAAGAUGAACUUGCUGGCUUUGAAGAUGAUUGGAAACAAAAAGGUCAAAAGUAUUUGCCUGAAUGGACUGGGAAUAUUGGAGCUCUUGAUAACCAGCAAACUGCACAGGCCAGGCAGGUUGGGUGGGCUCUCCCUUCUUCGGAGCAUCGUCAUCCUGCUCGAACAAUGUCUGAAGCUCAAGAUAGAGCAGGCUCUUCUCGCACGCAGGAGAGAGCAAGGAUAGAUUCCGGUGAGCGGAGCGCAUCUCAUCCACGGGGACGGGGCAGAAACUAAGGCAUCUUGUUGCUUUCAAGGUGUCAAGUCCCGUAUCCCCUCAUCAAUGUACUUCCAUAUUAUGUCCCUAUUGUUUCUUCUUCUAACCCCUUCCCUUAUAGAGGUCUAUGAUGAUUUUAGUGGGAGUUAUAAUCCUUGGUUGAGUGGGUUUUCCCAUUUGGUUUGUGAUGGUGAUGCUAAGAGUCUGAGACUUGCACAUUAGGAGCUGAUUGAAUUACAAACCAGUAGUUAAUGGUUUAUAUUUGUUGGUAUUCA